AUGGCUCUAAAUAACGGCAAUAGGGGCGGCGUAUCACUCAGACCGCUCUCGCCAGACACUGACAUAGAACAUACCCCAUAUCAGGAGCUUCCGUUCGAGUGCACAUACCCAGAAUGCCCCCACCGCUUCGAGACCCUCAAAGGCAUGCAGCGCCACAAGAAGUACUAUGCCGAUCACUACUACUGCAAGAGAUGCGACGUGGACUGCGACAGCUGGGAAGAAUUGACCGCACACAAGGUCGACAACAUGGCCCCUUACGUGGAGGGCAAGAUACAGCCGACACCCGAUAACAUGCCAGACCACAUCGUCUGCGAGUUCUGCGGCGAGGAUUUCAAGAGCUUUGGAGGGCGCAAGAUCCACCGAGAGCGCAUGCACGAGGCCGACCAGAACGUCGGCUGUCCCGGCUGCGGCCAGACUUUCAUCCGCGCAGCGAACAUGAUUGAGCAUAUCGAGGAGGACCACUGCUCUGUGAUUCGCCGGAUAGACUUCAUCCGCAGUAUUCACCGGAAGUGCAUCAUCAAGCAGAUCAUGAAGGACCCGCACAUCUUCCGGGCGAACCUGGAAUUGAAUGAAAUGUCACAUGCGCAGUACGAGAGUGUGCUUGACCAUUCUGGGUAUGAGCACAAGGGGCAUCAGGAAGGUCGUGACAUGCUGCUGGAUCAGUAUGAUGAUGAGCAAGAAGGUGGGCACAAGGCAUUGCAACCGGAGGUCGACUUGAUCGACAUGAAGGAUCCGUAUGAGGUCAAGCAAGACUGGCCUGGCUUGCCCAAGCAGCAGGAGUCGAAUAUGUCACAGCCCAGCCUUUCCAACGCCAUGAGCAAGAUGUCGCUGAAGUCUGCAAGUGCUAGCGGAAGCUCGAAGCUAUACCACCGUGAUUCUGCGGCUGAGGAUGGUCACAAUUCCUCGCAGUCCAGCAAUAAGAUUGCUGCGUGGGGGGGAAAGAGCACUUCAAAGGCACUCUUCCCCAACGCAAAGCCCACACCGCCUCAACCUGGAGACUACGACGCCAUUCUGCAGCAUCACGCGCAACAAGCGGCGGCCAACGAUGCCACCAACGCCCUCAAAGUCGACUUUUGGGACCCCCAAGCCGAAGGAUACAGCGCCCACCGAUUCUACAAUGCCUUGAUCCAGAAGUACUGCUGUCCAUUCCCCGACUGCACCGAAACCACAAGCCGGAUGCCGGCGGAGUACGACACUCAUACGGAUCUCGAGCAUCACAUCGUCUUGGCUCAUACCAUGCGCGUCCUCAAUUGCGUGAACUGUUCCAAGCGCUUCCGGUCUGUGGCCGGGCUGGUCGCUCAUGCGGAGAGCACGAAGAAGUGCGGCAUCGCCCAGAGCAAAGAUUUCAAUCGAGUGAGUCGCCAGCGCGCCUUGGCAAUGUUUGAUGUGCGCAUUACUGAUCCGGGUUUUUAGUUCCUGGAUGACAUGACCGGCGGCUUCUUGACGAGCCAUGAGAAGCACGUCCCCAAGAUCGUUCGGCCACCCACAACAGGCACGGAACUCGUCAAGGCCGGAGAGCGCCCGGGUAUUCACAAGAUCGAAUACGUCGGAACGAGGCCGGGCUUGUGA